UUCACAUUCUAGCUGUGAUAACCCGUUGGCUGCUCACAUCACACGUGUCCACCAUGUUCACGACGCCUCUCACAUCUCUCUUGACCGUCUUGGUGCUGGCUACGACGCUGGGGUUUGCCUCGUGCCGCCCUAUGGACGCCUUCGAGCCUGCACUCCAAUUAGCCCACGAGCUUCAGCUCUCACUCCUACAGAACAUGGAAUGCGAACCGAAGUUCCUCAAGUUCCGGGUUCUGGACCUCCUGCCGCCGCACAAUGAUCUGUCCGACAAAAAGUUGCUGACCAACGUGGUUGCCGUCCGGCGGUGCAGCGACUCGUGCAGCUUCUGCGGAAAUCGUAAAGGAAACGAGAUCAGGAAGUGUCAGCCGACCAAGAAGAACAUGGCUCUGGUUCCCGUGAUCUACUACGACACAGACGGCCAGCGGAGGUACACCCACUUCAAGACGGAGGAACACCUCGAGUGCGAAUGCCUUGGCUAAACUUAAUGCCAAGAGUCGCAUUUACUUGAAAGAGUAGGCUGUGCCUUGUUGGUAACACAUGAUUUAUGUUAUCAUGUUCUAUCAUACCCUUUUUGUACAUAUAUAUCAAGACUAUUUUUUAUAGGAAAAUCUGGAGAGUGAGUGUAUUUUAUGUAUGACUGUACGUAAAACUUUUAUUUAUUCUAUUAAAAACAUUAAUUUGGAGGA